GCCGCGUUCUGUUCGGCUCCAGCACGCUUCAUAUGCCCGCAUUUCCUCCAGCCCCGCCUAAUUUUUCUUGCUCCCGUCUUCCAACAUGCCCAGCCUCGGGUUCAUCUUUGUGUGCAUCAAGACCCUCCUUUGGGAUAUCUACCUGAGCAUCGCCAACAUACUCACUAGACUCGUUCAGUCGCAGGCGAGCCACAGCCCGAACGGAUUCAAGGCUUUGACUGAAUCGGGAGGACGGCAAACGGGCCGAUAACCGGGCUUUUCUGGUUUCGGACUGGGAGCGAGGGAGCGGGCGAGGCUCGCCGAGCGACUGGUAUAACGUGACGCCGAUUUGGCGGGAGCGCCCAAGCGUG